UUUUAACUUACUAGUGUUAAAGUUGCUCGUUUUUUUGUUUUUAAAGUUACAAUGGUUAUUAAGUUGAAUUUAAUAGCUGCCGCCUCUGAAAAUAUGGGCAUUGGAAAAAACAACAAUUUGCCUUGGAGAUUGCAAAAAGAAAUGGAGUACUUCACAAGAAUGACUAGCACUACCAAUGAUCCAAAUAAAAAGAAUGUUGUAAUCAUGGGCAGAAAAACUUGGGACUCUAUUCCUAAAAAGUACAAACCACUUAAUAAUCGUAUAAAUAUGGUUCUUUCACGAUCUGAAUUAGAUUUGAGUCGAUACACUGAUGUAUUUUCAUUUACCAGUUUAAGUUCAUGUUUAAAACGUUUAGAAGAAGAUGAUUUUAAGACUAAAUAUGAAUCUGUGUGGGUUAUUGGUGGAAGUUCUGUCUAUCAGGAAACGAUGAAAUCAGAAAACUUUUAUCGUUUAUAUUUAACUCGGAUAUUAAAAGAUUUUGAGUGUGAUACGUUUUUCCCAGAGUUACCAAAGGAUUUAGAGAAAGUGACGGACCCAGCUGUACCCGAAGAAAAGCAGAGUGAAAAUAAUAUUGAUUACACCUUUAAUGUUUACCAGAACACCAUAUUUCAAAAAUGAGAUCUGAGGUUAUAAUACCACAAUGGUGUAAACAAGAAGAAUUUUUCAGGAUUCAGGUUUUAUUGAAAAUAUUCCAUUUGGAUCUGUAUUUAUACAUAUUUUUAAAAAUAUAUUUUUAUAAAACUGUCGAA